CCUCAGUCGCGCUUAGCAACCGGUUGAAGUAAACAUUCCACGGAGGUAGAAUCUCCGGUGUGGAAGCUGAGAAAUGCGUUUUUAGUCAAACGAGAAGGGAAAUAUUUCUAUUUUCUGCCGACUAUGUCCCUUAUCCAGGCGGAAAAGCGUGACUUUAAUAAACACCUGCGGUUAGAGACUGAACUUGGAGCGGUUAGCUAAUGAGACACUGCUAAUUGACUCGUGUGAAGGAAUUUGCAUUAACUAGCUUAGCUUAGCCUAGCCUAGCUAUUCGGCUAGAUGGAGUUUCUGAUAAAUUAGGAUAAAGUGUUUGUUUUUGUAAAGACGGUGUUAAAGGAAAUGACUCAAAGUAAAAAAGUGGGACUGAAUGAUGACGAAAUUAUCAAAGAGCUGUGUGUGUGUAACGGCUUGUCCUAUGAGAAGAUCUGUGAGGACGGGAGUGGGGUAGAGGCUCUCGAGGUGUUCUUCUCGGGGUUUCCCCGCAUGGUGGGCCUCUCUCUGUUCCCCCGGCUGGUCACACUCACCAUCGUGGGGCAGAACGUCCGCGAAAUCCAGGGCCUGGAGGACUGCCCGCUGCUCCGGGAGCUGUGGGUGGCAGAGUGUCAGCUCACUGAGAUCUCGGGUCUGCAGGAGUGUGUGCAGCUGCAGAAACUCUUCCUCUAUGAUAAUAAGAUCAGUGAGAUGAGUGAACUGGAGUCCCUGACAAACCUGAGCGUCCUCUGGCUCAACAACAACCUCAUCGCCGAGAUCAAGGGCUUGAGCACACUGGAGAACCUGAUGGAACUCAACCUAGCUGAUAAUCUCAUUACAACUAUAGGAAAAAGUCUGGAGCAAAACAGGCAUCUCCAAAGUCUCAAUCUGUCAGGAAACAAGAUCAGCUCUUUUAAGGAGCUGACCCAGCUGGCGUGUCUGACUGAGCUGAGAGAACUCGGGCUGAACGAUCCACAGUCGAGUCCGAACCCCGUGUGUGUGUUGUGUAAUUACUUCACACACGUGUUGUACCACAUCCCAACGCUACACACACUCGACUCGUACAACGUGUCCUCAAAAACCAUCAAGGACGCUGCGGAGUCCACGGUGAUGAAGAAGAGGAUGUACUAUCACAUGCGUGUGCGCUGUGUUCAGAGACAGCUCGACGAGACAAAACACACACUGCAGCAACAGAAGAAGAAGCUUCAGCAGCUGCCUGAGGACAGAAUAUACACACUCAGCUACACACUCAAACACCUGGAGUGUGAGUCCAAGGCUGCAGGCAGGAAGUUGGCAGGUUUGCGACAGGAAGUGACAUCAGAGGGGCCAGGUGAUUCCAUGACCUCUGACCUUUCUGAAUAUAAUAAGAGCCUGGAGACGAAACUGGAGGCCAUCAGGGAACGGAUUAAGAUCUGGGAACAGAGAUUAGACGAGGUGGAGGUACAUUUCCAGCAGGAUGUUGCCAUGGCGUCAGACAGGAAGGACAUGUCGAUUCACUUCCUGGUGAUGGAACUGGAGACAGUGGGAAACAUUCGCUUUGAGGAAGGAACCACCAGCCAUGCCUGGUUUAAGCCGUGCUACGACCUGCUGCUCUCUCGGUUCUGCGUUUGGGACUACAAAGCGUACAACAUCACCGGCAUCAAGAUCAACAGAAUCGUGCGCGUGCAUAACCGCAUCCUGCGUCUGCGCUUCGAGGACAAACUGCACGCCAUGCAGGCGAAUAACGAGUCCUCGCACCUCUCACAAAACUACAGACGCCAUCUGGAGUAUCUGUUUUAUGUGUUUGAUCCUGAGGAAAUCCAACGAAACAACGAAAUCCUGAACAUUCUGGAGAACGGCUUUAAAUCAGCUGACAGCUGUAAGGCCAUGGGUAGAGACUGUGCUGUGCCUCUGUCUAACAGUGUAAGCGCGUGUGAGGAGCCUCGUAUAAGAUGUGUUCAGAGAAAAGCCACCAGCCGCGGAACCGGAAGCACAGAGAACCCUCUGCCCUUCACACAGGGUCAGGUGAUCAUCUCUAAAGCAUUCCUGGGUCACAGUGUUCCGCUGAGAGCCGAAGUGCCGGUGGACGCAAAGUUUUAUCCCAAAGCUCACUCAGUGUACUGCAAAGCAAGCGCUAAGCAACACACCACCAAGCAGGGCAACACAGGAGAAGUGUGUUCUUCUGAGCUGCAGGGAUGCUGUGACUGCAGUCAGAGACAGUCUCUGUGGUACGUGUUCGACCGCGAGCUGGUUCUGCCCGAGUAUCUCAUCGACUUUGAGUAUAUCACACAGGAGAGAUCCCGGUUCUCCUGCGCGUGCACCCCAGGUCCUCCCAAAGCCCCUGUUGCCCCUGAUGGGGUCACACCGGUGUCUAACCACGAGCAGGCCCUGGACCAGCAGGUUUUGGCUCUCGAGCCCGUCCCGAAGCCACGACCCAAACUGCAGAGCCUGGACGAGAGGAGCAUCCUGACUGCGGCUCGAGCAAACGUCCUCAGCCAGAUCACCGUGCUGAAUCUUCACGGGAACAGUCUGAGCAGGCUGAAGGAGAUUUCUCGCCUCACGGCACUGCGGCAGCUGACCGUCAGCUUCAACGCUCUCACGCACCUGGACGACGUUUCACACCUGCCCAACCUGGAGUGUGUGGAUGCCAGUUUUAACCAGAUCGUGACUCUGGAAGGUGUUCGAGGACUCCCCCGUCUCAGAGAGCUGGACCUGCGCUGGAACCGGCUGAGCCGAGUCCGAGAGGAGACGAGUGUCCUGUGUAAACACACCCCAUCCCUGCAGCGCCUCGAUACCAGACACAACCCCUGGAGUCAGGGUGAGUCAGUGCUGAUGGAGGUGUUGGGCUGGUUAAAAACACUCACACACUUGGAUGGAGUGUUAGUGACAGAGGAGGAGAUGGCAGCCGCUACACACGUGAACUCCACCUCAAAGAUCGACCUGACGUUGCUGCUCUCUCACUCCCGUACCGAUGCCGAUUGUCCGCGCUCCCUGAGUCUACUCACUGCGGCCCAGCUCACCACACACCUCAAACCAUCGCCAUGGAAACACACCACAGACCUCGAACCUGGGUGGAGUGCCAAGAUCACAGCGGUGAAUCUGGAUGGUCAGCGUCUGUCCCACAUCAGUAAUCUGGAGCAGUUGGUGAAUCUGCGCUGGGCCUCGUUUAAUAACAACCAGCUCACACACAUCGAGGGGUUGCAGCACUGCCCCCUACUGGAGGAGCUGUCACUGAACCACAACUACAUCUCUACACUGGAGGGUGUGUGUAAGCUCCAGCGUCUGACGAGACUCAGCAUUAACAGUAAUCAGCUGCGGAGUUUGGACGCCUCUGUGUUGGACUGCCUGAUCAAUCUCCAUUUCCUGUCCGCUGAGGACAACUGCAUUUCCUCCCUGCAGGGGGUUCAAAGGUCACGCUUCCUGUUUGAGCUUUAUGUCGGCAACAACAACAUCAGCACCUCACGAGACAUCUAUCACCUGAAGACUCUGAGUAACCUGAUUAUCCUGGAUUUGUACGGAAACCCAUUAACGAGGACGCUGGACAAUUAUCGAGCUUACGUCAUCUUUCACCUGCCGUCUCUGAAAGUGCUGGAUGGGACUGCUGUGGACCUGUCAGAGUGUGAGAAUGCGAAGGACGUGUUUGGAGGUAGGCUGACGGCGGACAUGUUGGCUGAGGAACUCGGUCAGUGUAACUACAGAGAGAUGGAGGAGCUGGCGCUCCCAGGCCGCUCCGUCAGGAUGGUGGACUUGGCUCCCCCCGAGCUCUUUGUGAAUUUACGCAGCGUGAAUCUAGAGCGGAACAACCUCACCUCCUUCAGCGGCCUCGUCUACCUGCCCAACGUCAAGGUGUUGUAUCUGGACUACAACCACAUCAAGUCGAUUCUCCCACGUCAGAAAGCUCACCUGAGCAGCAGACAGCAGCUCUAUCAGAAAGUUCACUCCAGUGGAUAUGGACAACAGAGCAGCAAAAAUAGCGGUAGGGAUUGUGUGUGUGUGGAGAGUCUGGAGCCUCUCAUGUGCAGCUUGGAGGUUCUCCAUCUCGGCUAUAACGGCAUCUCAAACCUGAGUGAUGUGCAGCUGAGUCGCCUGAGCUGCCUGAGAGCUCUGUUCCUGCAGGGUAACGAGAUAGUGCAGGUGGAGGGUUUGGAUGGUCUGAGUCUCCUGCGUGAGCUGGUGUUGGAUCAGAACCGAGUGAAGGCACUCAGUGAGAAAUGGUUCAGCUCACACACGCGCCUGAUCGAGCUGAGCCUGAACAACAACCGGCUGCGCAGCCUCACACACCUGCAGCUCCCACACCUGCAGCGCCUGCACCUCAACAACAACAAGCUGCAGGAUUUCACUGAGUUGGAUAAACUGGAGGUUCUAACGUCACUUAUAGAACUUUCUGUGCUGGGCAAUCCGGUGGCACGGCGCUCCCUCCACAGGCCGUCUGUGGUUCUGCGUCUCCCUCAGCUGCAGGUACUCGAUGGAAUCACGGUCACACUGGAGGAACGAACACGAGCAGAAUUACUGUGUGCUGAGGACACACACCCCUACGUGGACGUGCCGUUUCCUGUCAUACUGUGUCGCGCUCCACCUGCCCGAAACUCCACCCUGGGCGUCGGCAUGCACCACCUGCUGGGUCACGAGAGUUUCAUCAUCGCCCACCCCGAGGACACACACUGUAAACACACCGACAAGAGGCCGAGACCAGGACCGACACACACACACACACACAGCGCUCAGAGCAACACACUCAGAGGAGCGCAGAGUCUCACGGGACUGCUGCACAGCGGCCAGCGAGUGUAUACCACACACACCGAGUCUGAGAGCAGGUAUCCCAGUGGAACAAAACAUCCCCCCCGUAACAACGAUGUGUGAGGUCCUGCUCUGUGUGUGUGUGUGUGUGUGUGUGUGUGUGUGUGUGUAUUGGGUUCUGUUUUGGACAAACAGUUGUGUAACGUUUUAUUCUGAAGUAACACUCAGUUUGUGGAUUUUAUUUCAAAUAAACAAAAAGAAAUGGUACUGAAAGUUCGCCCCGCCCAUUCGAUUAAUCGGAAAAAAUAAUCGGCCAACUCAUCGAUCAUGAAAAUAAUCAUUAGCUGCAGCCCUAAUAAAUAUUAUAUAUAUAAAUAUGUACAAAGUG